UCUCGAAAUUACAUUCUUUAGCUUCCGCAUGGUGUUGGAAAGAGACACACCACCUCCCAUGUCAAAGAAACAAGACUAAUUUUUUUGUACAAUUGAAGGCAUUUUUUGUGUUUCCAUCAAGAUAUAGAACAAAGCAGUAACUAAAAAUAUGGCUAAGGCACCAGCAGUCGGAAUCGAUCUUGGAACAACAUACUCAUGUGUUGGAGUAUUCCAGCAUGGGAAAGUAGAAAUCAUUGCCAACGACCAAGGAAACAGAACAACCCCAAGCUAUGUAGCCUUCACAGAUACUGAGCGUCUGAUUGGAGAUGCAGCAAAGAACCAGACAGCCAUGAAUCCCAAUAACACUGUCUUUGAUGCCAAGCGUCUGAUUGGGCGUAACUUCAGUGACUCCUGUGUGAAGGCAGAUAUGAAGCACUGGCCAUUCACCGUUGUCGAGGAGAGUGGCAGACCUAAAAUCAAGAUUGAAUUCAAGGGAGAGACCAAGACCUUCUAUGCCGAGGAGAUCAGUUCCAUGGUGCUUCUGAAGAUGAAGGAGACUGCAGAGGCAUACUUGGGAAAGAAAGUAACAGAUGCUGUUGUUACAGUACCAGCAUACUUCAAUGAUUCUCAGAGACAGGCAACCAAGGAUGCUGGUGUGAUCUCUGGGAUGAACAUCUUACGUAUCAUCAAUGAACCUACUGCUGCUGCUAUUGCUUAUGGUCUUGACAAAAAGGUCGGUGCCGAGCGCAAUGUCCUAAUCUUUGACCUGGGAGGUGGAACCUUUGACGUGUCAGUGCUCACAAUCGAGGAGGGCAUCUUUGAAGUGAAGUCAACCUCGGGGGACACCCACUUGGGAGGAGAAGACUUUGACAACCGUAUGGUCAAUCAUUUCAUCACAGAAUUCAAGAGGAAGCACAAGAAAGACAUCACUUCUAACAAGAGGGCUGUUAGGAGACUGAGAACGGCUUGUGAAAGGGCAAAGAGGACACUCUCAUCAAGCACACAGGCUAACAUUGAGAUCGAUUCACUCUUUGAGGGCAUCGAUUACUACACCUCAAUCACCCGUGCCCGAUUUGAGGAACUCAAUUCUGACCUUUUCCGUGGCACCCUUGAGCCUGUUGAAAAUGCCCUUCGUGAUGCCAAAUUGGAUAAGGAUAAGAUCCAUGAGAUUGUCUUGGUUGGUGGCUCCACCAGGAUCCCCAAGAUCCAGAAGCUUCUUCAGGAUUUCUUCAAUGGAAAGGAACUCAACAAGAGCAUCAACCCUGAUGAAGCUGUUGCUUAUGGUGCAGCUGUUCAGGCUGCCAUCCUGUCUGGAGACAAGUCCAGUGAGGUCCAAGACCUCCUCCUCCUGGAUGUUGCCCCACUGUCCAUGGGCAUCGAGACAGCCGGUGGUGUUAUGACCCCUCUUAUCAAGAGGAAUACGACCAUCCCAACCAAGCAGACGCAAACAUUCACAACCUACGCUGACAAUCAACCAGGUGUGCUCAUCCAAGUCUAUGAAGGCGAGCGAACUAUGACCAAGAACAACAACCUCCUUGGAAAGUUUGAGCUGAGUGGGAUCCCACCAGCACCUAGAGGAGUUCCCCAGAUCGAUGUAUCCUUUGACAUUGAUGCCAAUGGUAUCCUGAAUGUAUCUGCAGUGGAUAAGAGUACUGGCAAAGAGAACAAGAUCACCAUCACCAAUGAUAAGGGACGUCUUACCAAGGAGGAGAUUGAAAAGAUGGUUGCAGAUGCAGAGAAGUACAAGGAGGAAGACGACAAGGAGAGGGACAGGAUCUCGGCCAAGAAUGCCCUUGAGAGCUAUGCUUACAACAUGAAGAGCACCAUGGAAGAUGAGAAGAUCAAGGACAAGGUUCCAGAAGAAGACAAGACUAAGAUCCUUGACAAGUGCAAGGAAGUAUUGGAUUGGCUGGACUCCAACCAGACUGCCGAGAAGGAUGAGUUCGAGCACCAACAAAAGGAACUAGAAGGUGUCUGUACACCAAUCAUCACCAAGAUGUACCAAGCUGCUGGCGGUGCUCCUGGCGGCAUGCCGGGUGGCAUGCCUGGUGGUAUGCCUGGCGGUAUGCCCGGCGGUAUGCCCGGUGGUCCCCCCAGUGGAGACAGUGGAACCGGUGGUGGCCCCACCAUCGAGGAGGUUGACUAAAGCCUCAGGCUGGAACUCAGAAGCAUACCAAGCAACAACUCAGUCACAGAAUUACUUAAAGCACUCAAUGCUAUGGAUACCGAAUAAGAUGAUUUAUAU